UCCGCCUAUUUAUUCUGAACUCGGCUCUUAAGGGGAAAAGCAAUUUCAAGAUGGCGGCCGCGCAGCUAACAAUGGGGAGUCGGGGGCUUGGGCCUGAGCGAGGCGGCCGCCGCGCCUGAGGGGAAGUGGAGCGGGCUCCGGCCGGGCAGGACUGAGGCGGAGGGAGCGGUAGCGGGCCGAAGGAGGAAGUAGGGUGCGGGGAACGGAGUCGGGCCCGGCCCGAGAGAGAAGGAAGUGGGGGGUGGGCGAGGCCUGAGGGGAACCCGGGUGGGAGGGGGCGAGGCCUGAGGGCUGCCUGGGUAGGGUCCGAGGGGAACCCCGGUCUCUCCCUUGUCGGUGUCCUGGCCAUGGUGGGGUCGGCGUGAGGAGCCGGUGAACGGCGGCGGCCGCCUCGGUCCCCGGCCCAUGGUGCUGCCCCCCUGCCCCAUGGCGGAGUUCGUGGUGCCGCGGCACAGCGCGGUGAUGGAGCGGCUCCGCCGGCGCAUAGAGCUGUGCCGGCGGCACCACAGCGCCUGCGAGUCCCGCUACCAGGCCGUGUCCCCAGAGCGCCUGGAGCUGGAGCGCCAACAAACCUUCGCUUUGCACCAGCGCUGCCUGCAGGCCAAGGCCAAGCGGGCCGGGAAACACCGCCAGCCUCCCCCGGCGCCGCCGCCGCCCGCCCCUCCUCCUCCUCCGGCUGUGGUUGCGGGCAACGCCGACAGGACUGGAGCCAACGGCCUCGACACUGACGCCGCGAGUAGCGAGCAGCACGGCCGCAGCAGUACCUUGAUCGCGCAGCUCCAUGAGACGGUGAAAAGAAAACUUGAUAGUGCUGCUUCCCCUCAGAAUGGAGAUCAACAGAAUGGGUAUGGUGAUAUGUUUUCUGUGUCCAAGAAAUUACGUUGUGAGGAUGGUCUUGGUGGGGUAAGUGGCUCCUCCAAUGGCGUACCUCCUUUAUCCCCACUACAUCAACUUGACAAGAAAUCUUCUGGUGGAGAUGCCUUACAGCUCAAUGGAAAGCAUUCAAUGGGACUGGACAGCAUCAAUAAAAAGUGUCUUCCAGAUUCUAACCUUCAGCUAAAUGGGCGUAGUGAUGCUGAUGACUCAUUUCCUUUGGGUUUGAACAAAGAGCUCAAGCAAGAGCCUGUGGAUGACCUUCCUUGUAUGAUUGCUGGAGCAGGCGGUUCUAUAUCUCAGAACAACUUGAUGCCUGAUCUUAAUCUUAAUGAGCAGGAAUGGAAGGAGCUCAUUGAUGAACUUAAUAGAUCAGUGCCCGAUGAAGACAUGAAGGAUCUAUUUAAUGAAGACUUUGAGGAGAAGAAGGAUGCAGAUUCUUCAAAUUCAGCUGCACAAACUCCAUUGCCACAAGACAUUAACAUAAAGACUGAAUUUUCCCCAGCAGCCUUUGAGCAGGAACAGCAGAUGGGGUCUCCACAAGUCAGAUCCACUUCUUCAGGUCCAACAUUCAUUGGAGCCUCCUCUGUACCUGUUAGUGCUGCUUCUCCAGCAGUUGGGGGCUCUCAGACUAUGUUCCAGUCUUCCAGUCAGACAGUGACUGAAAAUCCUAAUCAGUCUAUGAUGCAGGCAUCAAACCAGUCUCAAAAUGUGCAGAGGCCUCUACCCAAUGUAUUAUUAUCUGGACAGGGCACAGGAAAUGCCAAAGAAAUGUCCUCUGCUCACCAACUUCAACAGAUGGCUGCUAAGCAGAAGAGAGACCAGAUGUUGCAGAACCAGCAGCAGGCUUCACAAGUACACCAAACGAGUCAGAUGUCCAGCUGGCAACAGUCUGGACCUUCUCAUAGUCCACUGGGUGUCCCCUACGCAAUGGACAAUCCCACCAGCCCUUCAGUUUACCAACAGGACUUCAAUAACCAGAAACUCAUAAUUCCUAGUAUGGCAAAUAAGAGUUCUCCCAGGAAUGGAGGCAAUUACCAUGUGAAUAUGUUGAGUCAUCAGCCAAACAGCCUGAACCAGAACCCUGUAAAUAGCCAAGGCUCCAUGCUAGAUUAUGGCAACACAAAACCCCUUUCACAUUACAAAGCAGAGUGUGAGCAAGGCGUUACAGUACCUGGCCAGAACAAGACACCUAUGUUGGCAUAUCUGCAGCAACGCCAGCAACCGCCACUGCCUCAUAUGAGUGAAGAACAAAAUGGGAUGUUCCUGAUGAAGCAGAAGUCUGGAAAUAUUGCCUACAGACCUCUAGUACCACACAGCCAGGAUCAAAACCCUUCUCCCAGUGUUCCUCGUGUUCCUGUUUCUGCCCCAGGCCCUGGUGUCAGUGCUCAGCCUUCCAGUGUUUCCAUGGCAGGUAACCAUAACAACACAGCCUAUCUCAGCAAUCAGCAGCAAGCAGUGGUAAUGAAGCAACACCAGAUGUUACUGGACCAGCAGAAGCAGCAACAAAAGCAUUUGCUGAUGGAGCAACAGAAGCAGCAGUUCCUAAUAGGGCAGAGGCAGCAACAACUCCUAGCUGAACAGGAAAAGCGGCACCAACAAGAGCAGCAGCUCCAGCGGCACCUGACCCGACCACCCCCUCAAUACCAAGAUCAGGCACAGAACCCUUACCAGCAGCAGGUUGGACAGUUCACAGGGUCCUCUCCAGCCAUGACCGGGGUAAGUAACUUAGGACAGUCCAACUCCAGCAGUCCACGGAUGUUUUCUCAGACCCAGAACAUGAUUCAGAUUGGACCUGGACACAGCUCUGUUCCUCCUCUCCAAUCAGGCUCCAGUCAGCAGGAUCGAGGUGUGACUCAGUACACUAGUAUGCAAAACAUUCAGCGAGGGGGGCUGUACAGCAUGACACCUGGUAUGACCCAAAUGAUUUCACAGCAUGCAAAUCAAAGUGCCAACGGACAACUACAGAUGCAAAGGCAGCCCAGCUUGGGUCAGGGCACUCCUGUUCCUGCUGGGUAUGGGCAGAGCACCCUGGGAAACCCAAGCAUUUCUCAGCAGCACAAUAAGGGGGCACUGAAUCCAACCAUAGCCAAGCCACAGAUGGCAAGAGUGCCAGCAGCUAUUGGUGCCCAAAAUCCAUCUUGGCAACACCAAGGCAUGCCUAAUAUGAAUAACCAGACACAAGGAAAUGGUGGCUUAGGGUCAUUUACUGCCAGCUCCACUUUCCACAUGCAGCAAACUCACCUAAAGAUGGCCAACCAGCAGUUUGCUCCAGGGAUGCCUCAGGUAAGCCUAAGCACCAGCAGAUCAAUGGCCUCCAUGAACUCUGCUGUCUCUGGGCAGCUGUUGUCAUCUUUAGGUGCACAGCAGAGGACAAACCCACCUACCCAACAGCAGGUACCCUCGCAACAAGUUUUGCCUAGCAUGAGCCAGGCCGUUCCAGAUCUGACUGCUUUUGGCCAGAAUCCAAAUCAGCAACUGCCCAAUAGAGCCAAUCUGCACUGUACUCAAGGUUACUCAGUGAGGACAACCAGUCAGGAGCUGCCUUUUGCCUACAGUGGCCAAUCAGGCAAUAAUGGACUGCAGAGCUUGACUGGUGACACAGACCUGAUAGACUCUUUGCUGAAAAACAGGACUUCAGAGGAAUGGAUGAAUGACUUGGAUGAGUUGUUAGGAAAUCAUUAAAAUGGGGCUUGAGGGUUUUCUACAUCUUUUUUUUUUUUUUUUUUUUUUUUUUUUUUUUAA